GUGUCGUCUGUGGAGUGUUUUCAAAUGUUUGCGCUACACUCGUCGAAAUGUUGUUGGACAAUGACACAUUCCUCACAUUCCUUCACAAGCUUUUCAAUCAAUCAAAGUCUAGCGGAUCGCUGUAUAUUACAAUGAAAAGAUAUGAUGGACGAGUUAAACCUAUUCCCAAGCGGGUUCAAAAAGUAAAGGAUGUUCAUGUAACUAAUGAAAAUAGCUGUCUUCUUCGAGCUACACUUGGAAAUCAAAAAAUUAGUACUGUGUAGACCGAUUUUAUUGAAAUUUUCCGACAGCAUUUGUGCGAGUUGUAGGCGUAAGCCUCUGUAUUCGUCUAGUCCCACAUGGUGGCAGCACUAUUGUACCUAAAAAAAACUAGAUUGAUUUUAGCGGGUGUGUAACUUCACUGUAUCACUCAAGUUUCGGUCCGAACAAUUUAAUAACUAUCUCUUUAGAGUGAACGACUAUUAACUUGUAUAGCCGUACUUAGUUGCACGUAAGUAAUUCUUCUAAGUUGUCCCUCAUUUCAGAAUAUAUUGACUGCACUCGCAUACAAUAUUAUGUGAAGUACCUCACAGUAUUAAAAUUACUAACGUGGUUGUUCUGAUGUUCGGUGCACUACUAUUACUCAUCUCGGGAAACUCAAUGGUUGAUACAGACUUCAGGGUAUCAUAUAAAAGUGAAGCGCUUCAACUUGUAAAAGUCAUCCACCCUUUUUAGGAUGAAACUCGUGAUAUAAUUGAUCGUCUUGUUAAUACAACCUCGCUAUAGUUCCAGGAUUAUUAUUGUAGAAGUAUUCGUCCUGCUUUAGAUGGUGAAGUAGCUCGUGAGUUAUGAUAUGUUAUUCAGAUUCUAGAUAUCACUAAAUGCUGUCUUUCCAAAGUUUAUUGUUAUAACGAUCGUCUUAUUCAAGUGUCUUAUUGAAUAACCCAUUUAUUCAUGUACUUAAGCCUCACUUCAAGAGUACUGGUCAUUUAAUUUUCUAGGAUCCCUGAAUUUUGCUGCUUUUUCCCUUUAUUUGUCUUCCGUAAUCGGCGAGACUCUAAUUUAAGGACGACCUUUGAACGAAUCUUAAAUGACCUUGACAAUUAUUAGCCAAUCAGGAGACAGUAACUAUAAAGUGAAAAUAUAUUGUAAGUAAUGAAUUACAAUGGAUAUUCUUCUUUUACUUGAUUUAAAAACUUGCUAAGGUUUCAUAAAGGUUCAGAGGUUCUGAAUUAGUAAUGCAUAUGGUAAAGAAACUCGUCCAUACGAUUAGGGUUUAGGUUAGGGUCGUAGCAUCUCAAUAAAUACCUCUUCUAUAAAAUCCGAUGUAAACCGAUCGCAUGUUAGCACCCUAACCUAACCUUAACCCUAAACCCCAACCUAACCCUAAUAUUAAACCUAACGCUAACCUUAACCCUAAUAUUAAACCUAACCCUAGCCUCUACCCUAACCCUAUGGACGAGUUUCUAUACCAUGUGCAUUAUGAAUUCAGAACUUAUGAGCCUUUAUCAAACCUUAACAAGUUUUUAAAUCAGGUAAAAGAAGAAUAUCUACUGUAAUUCAUUACUUUCUUGUAAUAUAUUUUUACUUUAUUUUGUCUUCUAAUUGGCUAAUAAUUGAAGUUGCUCAAACGCUUUUGAUUGACUCGUCCCUGAAUUAGAGUCUCGCCGUCCCAUCUGUUGUAACCUCUCAUUAAUCACCUACUCUCUAAAAUCCGCUGUGAACCGAUCGUAUGUUAGCAUCGCGUGCUGAACUUGGCCCGUGACCUUGAAAUCGCUCAAACGCUUCUGAUUGGCUCGCCCCUAAAUUAGGGUCUGACCCCG